GUCAGACUCAAACACACUGCUCUCUGUGUGUGUGAUAGAGAACGAAGGAUGAGAGGAGAGGAGGAGAACUGACGAACAGAAAGAGAGACACAGAAGACAACAAAGUGAGGCCAGCUCACCUAUGGAUCAGCAUUCAUAUCAGCAACCCAGGGGAUUCCUUGAACAUAUCGACCCUACUGACAUCCCCACAGAGAGCGGCAGAUCAACACUGAUAUCGAUGCGUCGCACGCAGCUCUAAAGCAGUGAGGCCAAGGGGUCAGGAGUGAAGGGUUAGGGACUACAGAGCUGAGGUUAAAGGGUUCCAGGAGGGAGAGACAGAGGCUAGGAGAAGAACCAGGGAUCAGGAAGGAAGGCCUCACUGACAGACGAGCGCCAAGGGGCCAAAAAUGAUGACAUCACAUGGAAAGCUGAGGAAGGAGAAAGGGAGUCUGGCAGAGUACGAAUCACAGAUGAAAGACCUGCGGGCUCAGCUGACGGACCAGAUAAAGAUUUUAGACUCUCAGGUGGAGGUGAAACAGCAACAGCUCUCAGACCUCUCUGAGUUUCUCCGGCGUCGAGGUGACAUUGAAGCUGAAUAUGCACGUGCCCUCGACAAACUCACUGAAAGAUUCACCCACAAGACGAAAAAGAAGGAACAGUGGGGUCAGUCUGUGUGUCAGGUCUGGUCUGUCUUGCUGACUCAGACUCGUCUGGAGAGCAGGGAGCAUGCAGCACUGGGCGACACCUGCUGCAACACACUCACACAGCGACUGGCACACAGUACAGAGGACACACACCGCCUGCACAAACGGAGCAAAGAAGUUGGCAUUCAGAUGCAAGACGAGCUGCUAAAGGUCACCACUGAGCUGCAGAUGGCUCUGAAGACGUAUAACCAGUACCACACAGACUGUUUGAUAGCCGAGGGGAAGCUUAAGGAGGCUGAGCGAUUGGAGGAGAGGCACACCGGCAAGUCAGCCGAGCUCGGCCUUGGCCAAUCAGGAGGACAGAGACGGAGUUCUGUAAAGAAGAUGGAGAGAUUAAUGGAGAAAAGGCAUGGCAGGGUGCAGGAGACCCAGCUGAAGUGCACCAAGGCUCGUAAUGACUACCUGCUGAAUCUAGCUGCAGCCAAUGCAGCCAUGAACAAGUACUACCUGCAGGAUGUCAGCACUCUCAUCGAUUGCUGUGACCUGGGUUUCCACCUGUCCGUGGACAAGACAAUGAGGGGCUACCUGGCCAGCAGGUGGCGUAUCCAGAAGACGGAGGAGACAGGGCUCAGGCAGCUGGAGGCAGCAGUAACAUCACUGGACCAGGGCGGAGACAGAGACGCAUUGUUACAGCAACAUGACUCGGCCUUCUGCCUUCCUUUUAGAUUCAACUACCAUCCACAUGAGGGAGACCAGGUGUGUGAAGUGAGCGCGGAGAGUCAGGUCAGGUACGAGCUGGAGACCAGGUUUCAACAGCUCCAGUCCCGACUCGCUGCUGUUACCCUGGAAACAGAGGAGGUCAGUAAAACUCUGAAAGCCACGCUUAGCGCCCUGCUGGAAAUCAUGUGUGACAGCGACAGUAACCCCUCACCUGACGUGCCCAGCAGCCUAUCACACGAGCCCCCUGGAGGAAACACCGCCCAAAAACUUACCCUUGCCAAGCGUCGAGCCAAUCAGCAGGAGACAGAGACCUACUAUUUUACAAAAGUAAAGGAGUUCCUCACCAGCAGCUCUCUGACCUUCAAACUUCAAGCCAAACAUGACCUUCUACAAGAUGCCAUACAGAAAGCCGAGGCAGUGGACAGUGACCCUUCCAGAAUGCAAUGUGCUCGAUCAGUGCGUGUUCGGAAGUCCAGACCUGUUUCCCAAUUCUGCCACACACUCUUCACCACAGACAUACUCUCCUACAUACAGAGCUCUGGGCAGCAGAUUCCUGUGGUGGUUGAAAGCUGCAUCCGUUUUAUAAACCUUCAUGGCCUCCACCAUGAGGGAAUAUUCAGAGUUCCUGGGUCGCAAAGGGAAGUAAACCUCAUCAGAGAUGCAUUUGAAAGAGGAGACGAUCCUCUGUCUGACAGCGAGUGUGACCUGGACUCUGUGGCUGGCGUGUUGAAGCUUUACUUCAGGGGCCUGGAGCCUCCUCUCUUCCCUUAUGACAGCUACUCUCAGCUGCUGGAGUGUGUCCAAAUUGAGGGGGUGAACGAGAAAGCGGCGCAGAUUAAAGCGAUUGUUUCCACAUUCCCGAGGCCUCUCCUCAUCGUGAUGCGUUACCUCUUCGCUUUCCUCAAUCAUGUGUCUCAGUACAGUGAUGAGAACAUGAUGCAGCCCUACAACUUGGCUGUUUGCUUCGGUCCGAGCUUACUGAGGGGGAUGGACUCUGAUGAUGCUGUUGCUAGGCAGCCGCAAGUUAAUGAUCUCGUCAAAACCAUGAUCCUCCAACAUGACGUCAUUUUCCCUGGCCAGUCAGAACUACCGGGCCCCGUCUACGAGAAGCACAUGACUCUGGAACAAGAAUACUGUGAACCAAUCACAGAGGAGGGAGACGGAGAGACCGAGCAUCUGCCUAGUGAGGACGAGUUGGAGGCAGUGGCAAUGUUCGACUACGUGGCGAGAUCUCCUGCAGAGCUGUCCUUCAAAGUGGGAGAGCUCAUCAUCCUUCACAGCAAGGCCUCCUGUGAUUGGUGGAGAGGUGAAGUUGGGGGAGUUAAGGGACUCAUCCCUCACAAAUACAUCAGCGUGCUGGAUGGGUCAGAGCGAGGGAAAAGAGAAGAAGGAGGAGGAGGAGGCAGCACUGGAAACCUGACAGUAGAAGAUCCACAGAUGGAGAACACAACGCGGAUGCGGGUGAACAGCGACAGUGCUUCGUUGCCUGGGAGACAGAGAGGAAGUGAGGGAAGUCCCAAUCGAAAGCCGCCAACUUCCCCCGCCACACGACACCUGCCAGUGUCUCAGGAGCGAAGACACACUUUGGACACUGUGAGACAGGCUGGCUUUAGGCCCACGGACAGACCUUCGUUUGGUCAGCCAGACAGAACAACCGUCGACAAGGAGAUGAUCAGCCGUCAGAUGAACUCUGUCUUCAAGGAGCUUCUGUCUCGCCAGCCUCCUGUGCAGCAGUCGGCCCUCGCCCCCCCUGCAGCUCCCGCUCCCUCUUCUGCCUCCACGGCUUCCUCUCUGCCUCAAGCCGGCCCCAGUGCCAAAAAAGUCGGGUUUGGCCUCAGAGGUCGGGCCCUUUUCAGGCCGGUGGACUGAAAGAAAGGAGAGGAUGACUGGAAUUAUUAUUGUUUAAAAAUGAUUAUUAUGCUGAUGCUGAUGCUACAUUUGGUGAAAAUCUUGAAUCAUUAUUUUUUGACAGGUGUAAAAUAUUUGCGUCUCUGCCAUCUCAUAGUGCCACUAGUCUCGGUGCCGUGUUACUGUAUGUCCAGUGUGUCUGUUUUUCAGCUGGUUUUGGUCUUUUUAUGUUUGGGUCUGAUUUUGUUUUCAAAGCUUUUUGCAAUUUUGGGAGAAUCAGGGAUGUGACAUCAGCAGUGAUACCACCAGACUGACUUUUUUAAGUGGUUGCCAUACAGCAUCACCAACAAAAGACUGACACUGCCCCUUAGUGGCAGAUCUGAGAUUAGCUCACCCUUACAGUGUUAGGUUUAAGAGAGAACUCAUCUAGGGCCUGAGUGCCUUUUUACAUCCUUACUUUCACAUUUCUUCACUUGAAAUACUUGAUAGGUUUAAGCUCUGCAUUAUGUUUGAAGAGAAUUACAUGAACUGUUUAUGUGACUACCCAAAGUGUCCGGUAAAAAAUUGUGAAAUGAUGACCAAAACUCAUAAAUUGCCCAAAGUAGGUAAAAUAAUACAAAUAUAAUAAAUAACCCUUGUUAGGUGAAACUGCCUAAAUCCCAUUUAUUCUGAUUUUUUAAAACAUCAUUUGUUGCUGAUUUUUGUUGGAAUCUAUUUAGAUUUUAUUCUUAAUGUUUUUUUAUGUCAAAAUUCCCUUCUCAACUGUCUUUUUUAUUCAGGAUACAUUUUAUUUCAGAGUAGAAAAUCAAAAUAAGAUACGCACAUCCUAAGUGGGUGCUGGAUCCAAACCGAACAAUCAUAAAGAAGCAUAAAAGGUCUUCACACCAGGGAUCUCCCAUUUACGGAUUCAUUAAGCAACCAUAAGUGACAUUUCAAGCCAACAUGCUCUUCCUUAGACUUGAGCGUGCUGGCUUCCUGGUGUGCAGACCUUUGUUGCUUCUUCACAUUUUAUUUCAUAUCAUGCCACCAGUGAGCAAGCUCAACAGCUGCUACCAGAUUAGUCAGUUAGCCCUUGUUAGCUUAUGCAACAAAAAUGUCAGAGUUAUUUUUUAUAAAGUAAACAUGCUGUAGCAAAACAAAGGAGGGGAAUCCACGCUUCAGCAGACAAACAAUUGCAAAUGCCACUACCCAGCACAGUGGCAGAUAAUCACAGCAUAAGGGAACACUUCCAGAGUAUAAAGUUAAUUUUAACGUAGUAAAAAUGUCAACACAACACCACCUGCCUCAUCCAAACUUCAGUGUAUCUGGACUGUAUUUAAAUUGCAGACCUGACAAUGUCCUCCAGAAGGUUUUAUUUAUAAUGAGGUUGCAAAACUGUGAUAUUUUUUAGCCUGACUUGGCUGCUCAUUCUGCCAAACUACCUGGUGAAAAGCAAGCUUAAUCAUUACAGUUCAUGAAUAUGGAGUCCGUGUGGAGCAAAAUUAGAAAGUGUUCUCUAACAGUGUUAGGUAGCAUUAUAUUUAAAUGUUAAUAGGUACAUUACCAUGUUAAAUACUGGGAAAAGUAACUUUUCUUUAAGGCAUUUAUAGCAGACAUCCAGAGAAUAGUAUCCUGUUAGAGUUCUUAUUCUGUCUCCUGAAAAUGUAUCCCUGUAAGUACUCUACUAGUUCCACAUGUCAGCGCAUAGUCAACUGUACAUCUGCCUUUGAAUAUGUCAACUGAAGCAUCAUUCUGCAGUCUAAUUUAUGGCCCAUAGCCAGGCUGUGUAGCCUAAUAACAUUGAAAUACCUUUAUAGUUCUUGUUUAUCUUCACAAACUGACAAAGAACUGGCCAGAGGCCAACUGGAUUACACGCAGACUGUGCGUAAUACUGCAAGCCUCAUUGAAACAGCUGUGCAGUACAGCAGUUUUAAUGGAAACAAUACAACAGGAGCUUUUAAACAUGUAUUUCCCUAUCAUGGCAUCCCUUUUGUCCCCCAAAAAAUAGGAAAGGGGUAAUUCAACAGAGAAAUGCCAUCUUCCCUGUCACCGUACUCUCUUAGACAGCAUUGACACAGCUUUAUGCCAGCUUUGGGGAUUUUCUUUAUUCUCUUCUGUUCUUCUUCUUUGUGAUAAAGGGGAAAGAGAAAUAGGUCAGUUUUUCUGCAAUGGGAUACUUCAUUAGAAGGAGAACUAAUAACAUUUUACUUUAAUUGCAAAACUAACUUGUUGUAUCACUGUUAGAACAAAAGCAUAAUCUGAGUACUCUAACAGAUUACUUUGUGACAUCUUACCCCAUCUUCUCUAAUGCUAGGAAAAAAAGUAGCUACAAUCAUGAAACAACUAAAAAAUGUGUUGACUGAUUAUGAAUUUAAAUUAUUUGUAAAAAUUUUCUUCACCUUUACAUUCUUUUUUUUUUAAUUAGUGCCAAAUAGGGAGCCCAAUUGUGCACUGGGGUUGUUUGGCAUAAACCCACCUCCCUAGUGCAUUAUUGACGAACAAGCAUGGACCACUUCAGCAUCUUCUGUUCUCAUGCUAAAUAACAGUGCCGUUUUGCUGGCUAGCUUUGCCUUCAUUCCCCAAGUGCAUUUUCCCUGGAUGUGAGAAUUUAAAGAAUAUUUGACAGUUGAGAGAUGUGCAUUUUUUUCUUGAGUGGAUUUAGCACAUUUAACAGGCACGCCCAUAGAUAGGGAUGCACCUGUACCACUUUUUUGUCUGACCAAGUACAAGUGCUUGCAUAUGAGUACUCACUGAUACCAAGUACAGUUAUGAAUACUUAAUAAUACUAAUAAAGUUCUUCAGAUUAUUAUGAAAGUAUGUUUUAUUUUAAUUACAUGUUAUAUUAACACUUAUUUUAGUGGGCCCUAAUUACGUAGUAAUUUAUGGUUAUAAGUCAGAUUUAUCUAGCAAUUUCUCAAGGAUAAGGCAGUAAUUAUCUAGUAAUAAGAUAGAAUUUUUACCAAGUAAUAAUUUAGUGAUACUAAAGGAGUAUUUAUCUAGUUAGAAGGUAUCUCUCAAUCAUGUUCUUAUUCUCAAUUCUUCAGUAAUUAGGUGUUAUUUUACCCUAAUCCUAACCUUUAAUCUAACACUCAUAAUAUUUUCGCAAUGCUCUGGAGUCUUUGAGCUCUGUAGUAUCUUCAAAAUCUGACAAGGAAUUAGCCAGAGGCAAGCAGUGUUACACACAGGCUGUGCAUAAUACUGUACCUUAACCCUAUAACCCUAACCUAACUCUCGUAAUAGUUUGGCAAUUCUCUGGUAAUUAGCUGGAAUUUUGCCGAACAAAUUGCAAGAAAUAAGAUGAUAAUUUUCUAUAUCAGUUGCUUGAUAACUCCUGGGCAGUUUAUUUUGGCCUAGUACAUUAAGGUGAAUCCUUCCUGAGUAACUUUCAAGUUGUUUUAAGGUAGGCAGAGAAUUGCCACAAUGUUACUUAAUUACUUAAUGAUUAAUACAUUAUUACGAGGUAAAUACUUCCUUGAUAUUACCAGAUUUCCCAGAUAUUACUUGAUAAAAUGACAGCUUAUUACAAGUUAAUUGCCACCUUAUUCCUGAGCAAUUACUUUGUCCACUUACUACUAUAAAAUUAUUGGGUAAUGGGGCCCACUUAUAUUUCUUUACCCCUCUUCUCAACAGUUUAGCAGUGCAUAGUUUGCAACCUGCUCUACUUAAGCAAUCCUCACUUAUAUUCAGAGAUCACCAAGCUGCAGACAUGGCUCCUAUUUAGCUUAUCUGCUCAUGUAAUGGAGUUAACAUCAUGCUGUGAGAUGUUUUCAAGUAUAAUGUUAGCAAUGUUUAAUGAAAGUGAGUGUUUAGACUUGGUGCUGAUACAUGCAUCUGUACCCACAACACCCCCAGACAGAGAUAAUUGUUUUAUUUCUGUGGCUAUUUAAGCGUAUCUCUUAUAUUCGGCCAUUUUUCUUUACCUAAGAGUGACCUGGUGGUCAAUAAUAGCCUUCUGUUGUUGAUCUACUUAAAAAAACAUGUAUUCCUUUGCUUUACAGACACUUCAGAGAACAAUCACAACCCUUGCUGGUUGAGGCAAAUCAGGCAGCUUUCUGUUCUGUUUAUACUUUAGCUAGUUACUUUGUCUGUAUUAUAUUUUUAUUUACAGUGGCAGCUAGAUAGUUGAGGCAUAUUUUACAUUAUUUUUGCCCAAGCUAACAGGAGCUGGCUGGUUAAAUGAUAUAGUUUUGGUUGGGCUCGGUAGCAAGUGACAUUAUGAAAUAAAAUGAACUAAUGAAUGCAUAAAUAAUGAUUUAUUACAAUGAACUGACUUUUUCUGUUAUUUCUAACGUGAUUCUUAAAACUUUUUUUAUUUUAUGUUUAUUCAUAUGAAUGUUUAUUUCCUAGUUAUUUCUGUUUUAUUAAAUAUUGCAAAUUUUGAGUCAGAUGUGACAAAAUAGUGAGGUUAAUACUUUAUAAUGGCAUGCAGUAUUAGCACAUACACAUUUACACACAUACUGUACACUCAUAAAGAUGAACAACACAUUCCCCUUCAUAUGUGACACUUGGCCCCCAUGCGCAGGCCAAAACUCAGGGCUUUAGCAGAGUUAGAGACGAGAGCUAGCUCAGGUUUGGUUUCGAAGGAAUAGGUAAGAGUUUCUCACUCAGGGCUUUGGUUUUACUGACUCUUCAACUGGAAACUGUGCCCUAGCCUCAAGAGCCAAAACGGCCCCCAUUUCAGAGAGGACUCGGUGACCUCCUCUGCUUUAAACUGUGAAUGCAAUGGCGAUAUUUUGGAGCCACGAUCAAAACUCUUGUCUCUCUCAUUCAUAUAUUUGAGCCCCCUGACUUUAUCUAACAUUAUGCACAGUUCUCAUUCAGAUGUGUGUUGAGGAUUUUUUGCAGUGAGGUGUUUGAGUUCUUUGACUCCAAAAGCAUUUGAAAUGUUUCUACAUGAGGCAUCUCCCCUCUGUCGUGUUUCAGUAUUGGCAUCAUGGGGGUUGAAUCUUUGUUUUUAUGUUAAUUCUGCUUCAAUGAUUUAACACCAUGUUAUUCUGGAUCACUGUUUGAUGAUGUCACUAAAUUUACUGUGUCCAACUGUAUAUGUGGUUAAAACAUGAAUAAAUAAAGAUGAUAAAGUGA